AGAUUAUAAAAGAUUGAAGAAAUACAGUGAUGCCUAUGCAAUGAGUAAUUUUAGGCACACUGCAAGAUAGAUGUACCUAGCUGCCCAGUGAAUAGCAAAUGGUCACAUUCAGUUGUAUAAAAAGACUACUUAUAUUAUCUAAUCAAAAAGUUUUAAAAAUAAUCUUGUCUUUACCAUUUAAUUCAAGUAUUUUAUUUUAGAAACUCUAAUAAACAUCUAACCCAAGCCAUUUAUGAAUUACAAAAUUAAUGUUUGUUUUUCAAACUAGAGGAAAUGUAAAGCAAUCUUUCCCACUGCUGAAAAGAUAAUCAAUAUAUUUUGUUCCACUUACAAGCAUCUAUGCACAAUAAAUAGCAUGGCCACAUACACGUCAUCCAGUUUAAACUAUUACCUGUAGCUAAUGCAUUUGUAGUAACAAGGAAGUUAUUUUCUGCCCUUAAAACUGGUACAGACAUUACUUCCUUCUACUAGUAUCACUGAGGUGCCAGGACACAUGGGUGUGUGUGAGCAAGGGAGGUGUGCAUAGGCUUCAUGUACAUACAAUAUGCUGUCAGCAUUCAACAGACUUGUGAGAACAGAAAAUGAUGUCAAAUAUGGACCAAGACAUAUUCAAUUUUAUUUUUCAUUACUGGCUGUCUUGAUAAUACAGAGUUCUCUCUUGGUCAGUGUCUCCUCCUACCCUGCCACAACAUGUGCACAGCGGGGCUUACUGGACAAACCAUGCGGGAGUGGCGGGAAAUUCAAAGAAUUUGAAGGAUGCUGUCAGAAAUGUACCACUUGCCCACCUGGAUAUGGGGUAAAUCCAAACUCCAGCGAGUACUGUGUACUUGAAUGCAUACCAUGUGAACAUGGAUCGACUUUUAGUGAUGUUCACAAGGCGGCGCUGUGCAUGCCCUGUGCACACUGUGAUCUGAGGUUUAGGCACUGGGCAAGGCAGUGCACGUCUACACAGAAUGCACUGUGUGGAGUCUGCUUAGAUGGCUACUAUGAAAUCACAGACCGGGACAACAUACCUGAACCCGUGUGUCAGAAAUGUACUCCACAGGAUAACCAUCCCCACUGUCACCUUUACUUCAAGAAACUAAAGACAACUACUCCCACCUACACCAGUGCUGCAGAUUACACCACAGUAAACCCCCUUACAAGAACAGAACCCAUCAUGAUGCAAGAUACUAUCCCUACAAAAACAGACUCUCUUUCUAUCACAAUAGCAACUGGUUUAUCAGUUUUGGCUUUGAUAUGCCUUAUUCCUGGUAUCAUAGCAACCAUUUUUAUCUGCAAGAGAUACAAGUUGGCAAAAUAUUCACUCACAAAUGCAGAAAGUUCCGUUUCAUCUUCCAGUUUUGGAACAGAAGCCACAUCUUGUAGCAAAUCUGAGUCCCAAGAAAUAUGCAGUAAUAACUUUACAGUAUUUGCACGAGGUGAUGUCAAAAAUAAAGAACUACCAAGGAUUCCUGUCCCUGGUCUGGCACAAAGUUUAGGACAUGUGAAGUUACAAGCCAAACAGCACUCCUUGCAGCACAUGGAAGACCCUCCACAGCUGGAAAAUCUGAAAUUACCCUCCAGUAACCACAGCAACAAAGACAACAACAGUCCACACCACCAACCAUAUGAAGGUGAGUGCAACUGCUGCCUGGACACCAGAACAAAUGGCGAGAUUGACAACCAACAACACAUUUGCCUUAGAUGUCACAAGAAAGCCACCUCUUGCAUCUGUGGGGAUAAAAAAAGGAUGGGCAAUUUUGAAAACGAACCGUCAACCAGCGACAUGCAUGCAAUGAAGAUAACUUUGAGGGAGGAGUCAGAAAGCCAGGAAGAUGUUGUUCACCCUGCCUUUAGCUGUGCGUCUUGUUCUUUGAAGGAUGACUCACCAUCAAGGGAUUUUAAUCAAAAAGAUAUGCUGCUGCUUGGGCCCAAUGACCAGAAAGAAAGUCACACCAUGAAAGCUACCUGCAGUGUCAACAUUCCAACUCGAUCUGCAGAAAGUCUAACAGACAAUACACAGACUGUGGCCUCGAUGUGUUAUUACCAACAAGUAUUCAAUAUGCAUGUUUACAAGGAAGCUUUAGAGAUAGCAAGAGACAUCAAGACUGAAGACUGGUGUUACAACUGCCAGGAGAUGCUUGCAAAAUACCUGGACCCAGACAACACGAUUCCAGCCUGCGGUAAGAGCUGGUUUCACUUUGGCCUUGCCUCAGAUGUGGGACUGACCCACAGAGACCUACAGAACAUGAGGGAGGGCAAACCCUACAGCAAGACACUGGCCAUUUUGCAAAAGAUGACCACCUUGAAUAAGAGUGUGGAUUCAGUGUUGAAGACACUGAAAUAUUUAGAAAGAUUUGAUGCUUUGGAUAAGAUCUGCACCAUGCUGGUGGAUAAACAGAAACAUGGCCAUUGAUGGAAAAAGAGAUAAGUAAAGGGUCCAUAAAAAGAGGCUAAAUUUUCAAGACAAACUACCAACUUUGGGGGG